CGCAAAAUUACAGUUGUUUAGAAAGUGAAGUGCCAGACCGACAACCAAAUUAAAAAUGUCACUCUGCACGUCUACGCACGAACGACACGGAUGCAUUACCUUUCACCCUGCAUCUCGCUUUCAAAACAAAACCCACUCUCUAGUAAUAUUGUCUCUUAUGUCCCAUCGGCCACCUCUACCGCCGUCGGCUCACGGCGGUUUCUGACUUGAAACCGACGUCGUUUCACGUUACGUGAUCCGUAGCGACGCUUUCAUUGCUGCAAACCGAAAACUUCCUUACUUUCUUCGCAAACUUUUGCCAUUUAUUAUUAAUCUUAAACUCGCUGUUUGCUUCUCUUUCUCCCUCUAAUUAUUCCUUGCUUUACAAAUACGAUCCACUUUCCUGUAAAGAUUUAACGUAAUUAAAAGUUGCUUUUGGUUUAUCUUCUUCGCUUUGGCGCUUUCUUCAAUUCCUGACAUGAAGCUGAAGGUGAUAGUUUGGGUAUAAAUUUCAUCCUCAUUUCUUGAUAGAAGAAGUCCAUACGAGGAAUUUUAAGAGUAGAUUACUGCAAAAGAAAGCUGAGAUAGUUACUGAUAGCUCGGUUUGUUACGUCUUUAACUCCACCUCUGGUUUUAUGCUCCGAUAACCCGAAAAAACGACGACUUUAAAAGGGUUUUGACCCUUCGACUUCCUUCUGCAGCAAAUUAUAGAGAAAGCGAGGCUGUGAAAAUGGUCUCUCUUCCGUCUGAUUCUCAAAGUAGAAGAACCAUAAUCAAACUCAUUAUCAUGGCAUCUUUAAUUUGUGGUCUAUAUCUCAUGGGAAACCCAUUCUUUGCACAUGACUUUAAAAUUCCACAAAAAUCAAAAAUGGAGUUGAAAGAUGCUGAAAAAUGCAAGAAUCAGUGUAGGCCUCAAGGGACCGAUGUGUUACCCGCAGGAAUUCUUGCCAAAACUUCUGACUUGGAGAUGCGCCCUCUAUGGGGUUCGGAUCCUGAUAAUAACAAUUCAAGCCUUCCUGUCAAUUUGCUGGCGAUUGCAGCUGGAAUAAAGCAAAAGUAUUUGGUUAAUAAAAUUAUAACAAAGUUUUUAGAAAAUGGGUUUGUUGUAAUGGUGUUUCAUUAUGAUGGUAUUGUUGAUCAAUGGGAUGAUUUACAAUGGUCCAGUCGUGUCAUUCAUAUUUCAGCUGCAAACCAAACAAAGUGGUGGUUUGCUAAACGUUUCUUGCACCCCGACAUAGUUGCAGAAUAUGAUUACAUUUUUCUUUGGGACGAGGACCUUGAUGUUGAACAUUUUAAUCCAAGUCGGUAUAUAUCAAUCGUUAAAGAGGAAAAACUCGAUAUAUCACAGCCAGCACUUGAUCCUUCAAAAUCAGAGAUUCAUCACCAAAUUACCGUGCGUAGAAGAAACUCAAAAGUUCACAGGAGGUAUUAUAAGCUUAGAGGUGGUGGAAGGUGUUAUGGCAACAGCACAGGUCCACCAUGCAUGGGAUGGGUAGAAAUGAUGGCUCCAGUAUUCUCAAAAGCUGCAUGGAGAUGCUCAUGGUAUCUGAUUCAGAAUGAUUUGAUUCAUGGAUGGGGCAUAGAUUUUCAGCUAGGCUAUUGUGCUCAGGGUGACCGCAAGCAAAAGGUUGGUGUGGUUGAUGCUGAAUACAUAGUUCAUUUGGGCGUCCCUUCUCUUGGUGGUGCAAACCAUGCGAGCAAAAUGUCAAUAACUAAUCAUGUAACUGCAAAGAAUUCAACAUUAGAUACACACAAUAUUCUCCUUCCGUCGAACAGUAGUGAUCUCCCUGCUGGCGAUGAAAGAUCUGAGGUGAGGAGGCAAUCGUAUAACGAAAUGCGGGUCUUUUGGCGUAGAUGGGACAAAGCGGUCGAAAAUGACAAAUGUUGGGUUGAUCCAUAUGCAAAUUGACAAAAAGGAAAAAAGUUAAAGAAAUGUAUUUCAAGAUCAUGCUGGAAAAGAUUGCUACAACCUCCAUUCAUGAAUUUUUUUUUUUUUAACAAAAGUUACGAGCUGGUAAAAGGUUAUAUUUGGGAUUUCUGAUUACGGCUCGUGAUGGGAUGGAAAUCGAUGGUAUAUAUACAUUUAUGAUUGUAAGUAUUUUUUUUUUUUUUUUUUUUUUUCUAUUUUGAUGUUGGUGUUUGGCA